AAUGCUUCAUCGCCUCCUCUUCUUCUUCUCUCAUCUCCGUCUCAGAGAGUGUACACUUCUCCUUCUUCUUCCGUCAUGCUCGAAUACCGUUGCAGCUCCGUUGACUGGAAACCAUCACCGGUGGUAGCCCUAGCUAACAGCUCCGACGACUCACAAGUCGCGGCGGCUCGCGAGGACGGUUCUCUUGAAAUCUGGCUCGUCUCCCCCGGCGCCGUCGGAUGGCACUGUCAACUCACUAUCCAUGGCGAUCCAAAUUCGAGAAUCUCGUCUCUUGCGUGGUGCUGUUCUGGUUCUAAAGGGCUGCCUUCGGGUCGGUUGUUUUCUUCUAGCAUCGAUGGCUCCAUUUCUGAAUGGGAUCUUUUCGAUUUGAAGCAGAAGAUUGUGCUUGAGUCUAUUGGAUUCUCGAUAUGGCAAAUGGCAUUGGCUCCGAUUAAUGUUCCGUACAUUGAUGUAGAAGGUAAAGCUGAGAGGAUUGAGAAUGGAUACUCGAGUGAGAAUGAGGAAGAGAGUGGGAGUGAAGAAGAUGGUUCUGACUCUGAUGAGUUUCUUGAGCAAUCAGAGGAUACAGAUAGGCUUCUUGCAGCUGCUUGUGAUGAUGGUUGUGUGAGACUGUACCGUAUCUCUGAUUUAGACAAGUUAACUUACUAUAGAUCAUUGCCUAGGGUCAGUGGACGUGCUUUAAGUGUAACGUGGAGUCCGGACGCAAAGAGGAUCUUUUCGGGUAGCAGUGAUGGGCUGAUAAGAUGCUGGGAAGCUAGCUCGUGUCAGGAGGUAUACCGAAUUACAGUUGGUCUUGGUGGACUGGGGAGUAGUUCUGAGAUCUGUGUUUGGUCACUUCUUUCGUUGAGGUGUUCAGUUCUUGUGAGUGGAGAUAGUACAGGAACUGUCCAAUUUUGGGAUAGUCAGCAUGGAACCCUUUUGGAAGCACAUUCUAAUCACAAAGGUGAUGUCAAUACUCUUGCAGCAUCCCCAAGCCAUAAUCGAGUCUUUUCUGCUGGUGCGGAUGGACAGGUUAUUCUCUAUAAGCUCUCCGGUAGUACUAAUGGUUCUCAAGAUUUGAAGCCUUCUUCCUCUCUGAAAUGGGACUAUAUUGGUUAUGUAAAGGCUCAUACACAUGACAUCAGAGCUCUUACAGUUGCUGUACCAAUUAGUCGAGAAGAUCCUUUUCCGGAUGAUAUACUGCCAGAUAAAGCAAGCCGUAAACAUCGCAAAAAGGGGAAGCCGGUUGACUUUACUUACCAUAAAUGGGCUCAUUUAGGUGUUCCGAUGCUUAUUUCUGCUGGUGAUGAUGCAAAGCUUUUUGCAUAUUCAAUUCAGGAAUUUACUAAGUUCUCCCCACAUGAUAUAUGUCCUGCGCCUCAGAGAGUACCCAUGCAAAUGGUACAUAAUUCGAUGUUCAAUAAGACUUCUCUUCUCCUGGUUCAGGGUAUUAGUACUUUAGAUAUUCUUCGACUUAAUAUAAGCAGUGAUUCUAGUGGACGUGCCUCAACAAAGUCAUUGGUUCGUGUUAAAAGUAGAGAUGCCCGAAAGAUCAUAUGCAGUGCAAUUUCUAACACCGGAUCACUUUUUGCUUACUCUGACCAAAUUGGCCCCAGUCUGUUUGAGUUGAAGAAAAAUGAAUUUACAAAGUGUCCAUGGAGUGUUAGUAGAAGGCGACUUCCUGAACUUCCAUUUGCACAUUCCAUGAUUUUCAGUUCGGACUGCUCCCGCCUAAUAAUAGCAGGGCAUGACAGAAGGAUAUAUACUAUUGACAUAAGUAGUUUGGAACUAGUAUAUGCAUUUACACCAUCUCGGGAGGAGCAUGAAGGUGAAGCUCCACCUAAGGAGCCUCCAAUAACAAAAUUGUUUACUAGCUCAGAUGGUCAGUGGCUAGCUGCUAUCAAUUGCUUUGGGGACAUCUAUGUAUUCAACCUCGAAACACAAAGGCAGCAUUGGUUCAUAUCAAGACUCGAUGGUGCAUCUGUUGCGGCUGCUGGAUUUCAUCCCUGGAAUAACAAUGUACUUGUGAUCUCAACCUCCUCGAACCAGGUCUUUGCUUUUGAUGUAGAAGCUAGACAGUUAGGCAAGUGGUCGUUGCUACACACAUAUGUUCUGCCAAAGAGGUAUCAAGAGUUUCCCGGGGAGGUCCUUGGACUCUCAUUCUCCCCGUCACCAAAUUCAUCGUCUGUGAUAGUUUACAGUUCCAGGGCGAAGUGUCUGAUCGACUUUGGGAAGCCUGUGGAAGAAGAUGAAGAGAAUGAUUUACCAAACGGCAAUCUUUCUAAAACGCUAGAAGGUAAACUUGUCAACUUGGGCUUGAAAAAGGGAAAGGGUACAAACCGAAAACGUCGGUUAGAAGAGUAUCAGUUGGAGGGUAAGAGUAAUGAGAGAAAGAACUUUGAAAUCUUACCUUCAAAGCAUCCAGUUUUAUUUGUGGGUCACCUUUCUAAAAACUCAAUCCUGGUGAUAGAGAAACCGUGGAUGGAUGUUGUCAAGAGUUUGGAUACUCAACCAGUGGACAGACAUAUUUUUGGAACUUGAAGACAGUGGAGUUGUUUGUCUGAAGAACAGGACCAAUGACCAAUUUUUUGUUUGUCUGGUGAUAUGGUACACUAAGUAGAAAGGCUGAUAGAGAUGUUGAGAGUGAAGAUGCAAACUAUUUUAGUCUCUUUUUGUUUCUUUUGUCUACUCUUUUUAACUCUUUGAUGAAUCCAUAUGUUGUGUAAUGUCGCCUAAGAAAAUGAAUUUUGUUUC